UGUCUCUAUAUAAACAGAGAGACAGUGACACAUAGGGAGAGAGAGAGAGAGAAGCAACCUAACAAGGAUGAAGCAGUGACGGUGAGACGACGGUAACGAAGAAGUCACGAGAGAUCUGAGGUUAAAGCUCUCAACUUUACGAUGGUUCUCGACGGAAACGGCGGUGGUGUAUGGUUAGGCGGCGGCGGAGAACGGGUUCAGGAGGAGGAGAACGAGGAAGCUUCGUGGGGUAGGAAUCAAGAAGACGGUGCUCAGUACAAGCCUAUGCUUGAAGGUGGUGGUGAUUGGUUUACUAGUAACCAACCACAUCCACAAGAUCUCCAGAUGCUGCAGAGCCAGCAAGACUUCAGAUUCCUCGGUGGGUUUGGUUUCAACCCCAACGACAAUCUUCUUCUUCUUCACCAGUCCAUGGACUCGUCUUCCUCUUGCUCUCCUUCUCAGGCUUUUAGCCUCGACCCGUCUCAAGCUUCGUUCUUGGCCGCCGCUAACAACAAGUCUUGUCUCCUCAACGUUCCUUCCUCCGCAAACCCUUUUGACAAUGCCUUCGAGUUCGGGUCGGAUUCUGGUUUCCUUAACCAAAUCCAAGCUCCGGUUUCCAUGGGGUUCGGUUCGUUGACGCAGCUGGGGAGCUCCGUCCCUGACUUCUUAUCUGCCCGGUCGCUUCUCCCGCCGGAAAACAACAACACAACACCCUUAUGCGGCGGCGGAGGAGGAGGAGGAGGUGGAGGUGGAGGUGGGUUCACACCGUUGGAGCUGGAAGGGUUUGGGAGUCCUGCGAGUUUUGUCGGGAGCAGACCGAAGGUUCUGAAGCCUUUAGAGGUGUUGGCGUCGUCUGGUGCGCAGCCUACUCUGUUCCAGAAGCGUGCAGCCAUGCGUCAGAGCUCUGGAAGCAAGAUGGGGAACUCGGAGAGCUCGGGGAUGAGGAGGCUGAGCGAUGAUGGAGAUAUGGAUGAGACUGGAGUUGAGGUUUCAGGGCUGAACUAUGAGUCUGAUGAGCUGAACGAGAGCGGUAAAGCUUCUGAGAGUGUUCAGAAUGGAGGAGGUAAAGGGAAGAAAAAAGGGAUGCCUGCUAAGAAUCUGAUGGCUGAGAGGAGGAGGAGGAAGAAGCUUAAUGAUAGGCUUUACAUGCUUAGAUCAGUUGUCCCCAAGAUCAGCAAAAUGGAUAGAGCAUCAAUACUUGGAGAUGCAAUUGAUUAUCUUAAGGAGCUUUUACAAAGGAUCAAUGAUCUUCACAACGAACUUGAGUCCACUCCAGCUGGAUCUUUGCCUCCAACUUCGUCAAGCUUCCAUCCAUUAACGCCUACACCGCAAACUCUUUCUUGCCGUGUCAAGGAAGAGUUAUGCCCCUCUUCUUUGCCAAGCCCUAAAGGCCAGCAAGCAAGAGUUGAGGUUAGAUUAAGGGAAGGAAGAGCAGUGAACAUUCACAUGUUCUGUGGUCGUAGACCGGGUCUUUUGCUCGCUACCAUGAAGGCCUUGGAUAAUCUUGGAUUGGAUGUUCAGCAAGCUGUGAUCAGCUGUUUCAACGGGUUUGCCUUGGAUGUUUUCCGCGCUGAGCAAUGCCAAGAAGGACAGGAGAUAUUGCCUGAUCAAAUCAAAGCAGUGCUUUUCGAUACAGCGGGCUACGCUGGUAUGAUCUGAGCUGAUCUUGAGUCAAGUCCCUUAAGCAUCUGAUGGAGCAGAGUUAGAAGAAACUAAAGCCCUUUAAAUCUGCAAUUUUCUUCUAUGUUUUCUUUCUAUUUACUAAACCUGUUUGAACUAAGCAUGACUUCAAACCUUUUUUUUUUUAGCAAUGUUAACUUUAUUAUGUUUCAUCUCCUCAAGCUAUGAUUAAUAAUUUCUUUUUUCACUUAUGACA